GUUUUUACUGGUAGUUGUAGUCCACAAAUUAGGGUCGUUUCCGUGUGUCUUGCCUACGUUAGUUAGGUGGUGGAAUCUGCUCUGCAAAGACAAACACAUGUGAAAUUAUUGAUCAGGGUUGUGUGAAUUUAUGGAAACAUGUCAAAGAAACGGGGCAGGAAGCGUAGCAGUGGAGAGCUGAGUGAGAGCUCAGCGUCAACCCUGAGCCCAGACCCUGACAACCUGCUUGGCCGCAGGAUUCAGCACACCUGGAGGGAGAAGGGCAACGUGACCAAGUGGAAAGGCACCGUUCUGGAGCGCCUAACUGUGAACAGCUCCCUCUACAUGGUCAAAUACGACGGCUUUGACUGUGUGUACGGCAUCGAGCUCUUCAAAGACAGCCGGGUGUCGAACCUACAGGUGUUGACAGAGAAAGUUGUAAACAAUAAAAUCAAGGUGCCUCCCGGGGCGGAGGAUCUGGUGGGCCGGGCUGUGGAGCAUCUGUUUGAGAAGGAGGAUGGUGAGAAGAACGAGUGGCGGGGCAUGGUGCUGUCCCGAGCCCCCAUCAUGACCCACUGGUACUACAUCACCUACGAGAAGGACCCGGUGCUGUACAUGUACCAGCUAUGGGACGACUAUAAGGACGGAGAUCUACGUGUCCUGCCUGAAUCAGAGAACAAACACCUGCUGCCAGCGGACAGGAAGCCAGGUGAGGAGCCAGAGAGCCUCGUGGGUAAACAGGUGGAGUACGUCACAGAUAAUGGCCUGAAGAGGACGGGCUUGGUCAUUUAUCAGGUCCCGGCUAAGCCCACGGUAUACUACAUCAAAUAUGACGAUGACGUCCACAUCCACGUCUAUGAUCUGGUGAAGACCACCUAGUACUGACUGUUUGGUCUCAUCUUCAGCUGACGGCUCAUCUCUGACCCGACCAGUCGUUACCUGUGAAAGUGUUAGGGAUUUCAGUUUUCCUCCAGCAGGAGGUGAUGUGCCGAAGAUCAAAAGCCCUGUCUUUUUUUUUUGUUUGUUUGAAUUUUUUGGGCCUCUUGGCUUCUUUCAUUCUCACCUCAUGAGACAUCUUGGUUUUUGAUUCUUAAUUUUUCAGUUGACCUUAAUGUAUGACUAUUGGGUCCUCUUCUGUGUACAUAAAGCAGGUCUGAGACCAUGUGUAUAGCCCAGCAGAUGAAAUGGAGCUAGACAUUUGUUUCGGUCGAAUCACAAUUGUAUAGUGCAACUUUCAAACUCCAAAUUCAUACUUUUUGUAAGCAACACAUCAAACUGACACUAAUUCAGCUUUCUUACCUAUACCUCUGUGUUUUACUUGUAUUUCAUUUCACUUUUAUAUGCCUGUGCUAUUUAUUUCAUCUGGAAUAUCUGGCUGUGUUGCUGGUAACAUUUUGGCAAAACUUGUCUUCUGUGUUUUAUAUGUGUCUGUUGAAUAUAGAAGUGAUAUUCAUUUGACCAGUGUUCUCAUUUUACCAUCACAGUGAACCACCAUUUCAGUUGAAGUGUUUAGGCAUCGACGAGAUCUGACCGUCUCACAUCAUGGGUAUAAAUCACAGAUCAUUCUUUUAAAAAAAAAAUAGAAGUCAUGUAUCAUAUUUCUGUUUCAAAAUGUAAACUGCAAGUUUUCUACAUUAUGAUAAUAUAUGAAAAUUUCUGAUGUUGAUGUCAAGUUUUUUCAGCGGUGUUUGUGCUACACACUAUUUAUGUAGUUCAAAAUUGGCUACCAACAUUGUUUAGUAUUUUGGGAUGAAGUCUUUAUUAUUUGCUAAAAAAAAAUGAAUGAUGUGAUAUGACAUAUUCAGGCCUCAAAAUAUUGUUCAUUGUGACCCUACAUAUGUUUUGUUCUGUAAAUAUAAUCGGAGACAUUUUUAUGAACGUAAAACAAAGCUGCUUGAAAAUUA